AUGAUACCAGAGGAAUUACUACUUGAACCUCCAUUCGAAGGUGCAUGUAUUUAUCCAAAGCUUGGACCUCCACGUCGUCGUUGGUACGCCAAAAAGCACUUCCUUAUUACAAUGAGCAUAUUGGUGAUUGCUUGCAUUGUGGGAGCCAUUCUGGGCUCUGUUUUAGGAACAAGAUCUACCACCACAACGCCAGGUAUGUGUUAUGAUGCUCAUUCGAAAUAGAAGCUAAGCAACGGUUUAUACUGCCAACCCCGAUUGUCUGAUUUCACUUGCAGCAAUACAUGGUGGCUCAAAAGUUUCUUUGCCAAAGAAAAAACGAAUACCUACGACAUUGUUUGACCAUACAUGCUGAGUUUCAUACUGAUGAUAAAAGAGCAUUUCUAGCUCAUAUCUAUAAGGAAAAGGUUAAAAAGAAUCACUUUGAAAUAUAAUGAUCGACUUCAAUAACGAAAUAUAGCCUAUCAAGAUUAUUGAAAAAGCUUUUUUUGAUGAAGGACCCUUAACUGAUUGAAAGCUUUGAAGCAUAUAUUUUGUUGAAUAGUAGAGAUUAAGAGAAUAUCAUAAUUUUCAAAAGUUCUUGCUAUUGUUAAGUUUUGACUGAGAUAUUGUAUUUUUUAGUAUAUUGUGACCCAUUAGUACUCUAAUUUUCAAUAAAAUUUUAAUUUCAAAUAUUUUGAUCUCAAACGUUGUCCAAACUAAGGUCUCAAAUACAGUAGUCCGAGUUCAAAAAUUCAGAAUUUUUAGAUCUAGUGCUUUCGAGAUCUCAAUUUUUCAAGAUCUCCGUAUUUUACACAAUAUCAAUGGAAAAGCACUUGAGUUCUGAAAAAUUGAGAUCUCGGAAGCACUAUAUCUAAAAAUUCUGAAGUUUUAAACUUCAGCUAGUCUACUGGAGACUUUGAUUUGGACAGUGUUUCACAACAAAAUUUAAAGAUCAUUCCUCAAAAAUAUUUUUUCGAUAAUCUACAUAGGCUAUAUUUCUUUAUUGAAGUCGAUAGUCAUAUUUCAAAAUGAUUGUCUUUCAUCUUUCUCCUAUAGAUAUGAACUACAAAUGCUCUUUUAUCAGCAGUAUAAAAAUCAGUCGAUAUGAUCAAAAUCUAGCGUAGAUAUUCAGUUUUUCUUUGGCAAAUGAAUUUUCAAGCCAUUCUGAACAUUAAUUGACCUAGAUUUACAAUGAUUAGGACACUCGUUAUUUUUGCAAAGCCAUUUCUCUCCCGAGAAGUUUCUCUUUGAACCUGUUUCUGUUUCUAGCAAAAGGGCCAUAAUCCUAAAUCAUUGUUACAACCGUGACAGAAAUAUCGGUUCAUUGUUUCAUUCAGUUAAAAAAACAUGGCUGAUGUUAUAAAAUCGAAAGCUCGCCCUUGUAUAACAUAUUCAUUAAUAUUGACUUAAUAGUCAUCGAGUUUUUUAAUUCCACUGAUUGAAUUUUGGAUUACAUUUUAAUUUCGUGUUUCUUUUAUCUGUUCAUUGUCGUUAUUGUAGAUAUGGGGCACCAGAGUUGAUGGAUGCGAGUUUUAUUAGGGGUACUGUGUGAGCAGAGUACGUGAAGAAUGUGACGGUGUCUUCAACCUUCACACUCUCGCCUCUCCCAUCAUUAUCAACUUCACUCAUUACAUCUACAGUUCUCAUUCCCUCAAGGAUUACAUCUAUCGUAUUUAUGAAAUUACUCGCACUCCGCACUCCUGAGAAUAAACCCAGCAUUUUUCAGGCUCAAACUAGUAUAAACCACUUGGAGAUAGGCGUAUAAGAUGGUAGUAAUCGAAGAGUUGAAAAAUUAACAUCAUUGCUGAAUUUCUUGUUCUUGAUAACCGUUUGUCGAGUUUUUUGAAUUACUAUAUAAACCUUGAAAUCUGCGUGACUGUGAGCUUUCAUAAAAAUUCUCUGAAGAUCAUCAACAUCUGAUGUAAUCAAUUUGAAUCUUAAUUAGCACUCAGUAAAUUUCAAGUCAAAAAAUAGAAAUGAUGCUUUUCUAACGCGCACUAGUUAGUAUUUUAGCUAAAUAUGCAAAGCAUUGUAGUUUUUUUCUCAAAAUGGAGAAGCUCUGUCUAUGAAUGAGAUUGAAUUUUUGUCCAGAACUGAAAUGGAGAUCUCAGUAGGAGCGCUGACGACUAACUAGGAGUUGAUUUUGGAAUUCAAAUGAGAGCAAUCUUUCUAGAACAGUUCAAAGGCAACGUUCAAUGUUUUCUUUAAGCGACUAGAGCGAAUGUCAAGGACCGGAAAAUUAUCGCGUGAUAGGAACCAAAAUUUCUUUUGUAAAGUACAGUGUUUAUUUUUUUUUGUAUUCUCUGGCUUCAGAGUUAAGUCUAGUAAAGUCUUUUGGUAGAAGCGUUACUUGUUUCAAACUUGCAGAGAUUAAAUAGUAAUGUGAAUGUCGACAGUUUGAAAAAUUUCAAUCAUAUUUUUAUAUCGUCUAGUUAGCUUCUCGAUAGUCUGUCAAAUAUCAGAAUAUCCAGCAUUGUAACUUCUGACAGAUUCUAGAAGCUAUGUUCCAGUUUUUCACUACGAAGUUCAAAGUUUGACAAAGGAUUACAGGAUUGUAUCUGUGAAAAUUCUGUAUCUUUGUCGUAGAUGAUGUUGUUUUCGAAAAAAGCUUAAUUCAUUCUGAAACUAAUCUGAUACCCUCUGCGAAAUGAUGACGCUCCACUAAGAAGGAUAUUGCGAAUCUUUUGAGGUUAAUUCGUGUUUACAAUGUCUAUUUCGUAUGUCGCACGGUAAAUCGUGGAGAAACCAAUAAGGCUAAAUAUCGUUCCACACUCAAUUAGUUUUAGUAAUUUACUUCUUAUAUAAACACUAAUACUAAUGAAAGAA